AUGAAAGCAGUCUCAGACUCUGAUUUAAAGCUCGAAGGUGCCAGAGAAAUCCGCCGCCUCACCAAGACUUCAGCGCUGCCGCCGCCGCUCGCCGCCGCCGUUAAGCCUCUCGUUCAAAUGCUCUGUGAUCACUCGUCUGAGUCUCAUCAUGAGUCUGCUCUUCUCGCGCUCCUUAAUCUUGCCGUUAAAGAUGAAAAGAAUAAGAUCAGUAUUGUAGAAGCUGGGGCCUUAGAACCAAUAAUUAAUUUCCUUCAGUCUCAAAAUUUGAACCUACAGGAGUCUGCUACUGCAGCUUUGCUCACUUUGUCUGCUUCUACUGUGAACAAGCCAUUUAUAAGUGCUUCUGGUGCCAUCCCUCUCCUGGUUGAAAUCCUUAGACAUGGAAGCCAACAAUCCAAGUUUGAUGCUGUAAUGGCUCUCUCAAAUCUCUCAACACACCCGGAUAAUCUCAGCAUCAUUCUUGAAACAAAUCCGAUCCCAUCUAUAGUUAAUUUGCUCAAAUUCUGUAAAAAAUCAUCAAAAACAGCUGAGAAAUGUAGUGCUCUUAUAGAAUCAUUAGUGGCAUUUGAUGAGGGUAGAAUUGCAUUGACAUCUGAAGAAGGUGGAGUGUUUGCUGUCGUUGAAGUGCUUGAAAAUGGAUCUCUUCAAGGUCGGGAGCAUGCAGUUGGGGCACUACUUAUGAUGUGUCAGAGUGACCGAUGUAAAUAUAGAGAACCAAUUCUUAGAGAAGGUGUGAUUCCUGGUCUGCUUGAGCUCACAGUUCAAGGAACGCCCAAGUCUCAGACAAAAGCACAAACCCUUUUGCGGUUAUUGAGGGAUUCUCCCCAAACAAGAUCGGACCUUCAACCUGAUACUCUGGAGAAUAUUGUUUGUAAUAUAAUCUCUCAAAUGGAUGGAGAUGAACAGUCUGGAAAAGCAAAAAAGAUGUUGGCUGAGAUGGUACAAGUUAGCAUGGAACAGAGCCUAAGACAUUUACAGCAAAGGGCUCUGGUAUGCACGCCAACUGAUAUUCCUAUUCCCAGUUGUACUUCUGAAGUUUCCUCAAAAUGAUUGUUUUGUUUACAGCUUUUCCUUUUUGUGAGGUUUGUGAGAACAAAUUUUCCUCUGUAGAAAAGAUAAAAUAAGGUACAGUGAAAAAGAGAAAAAA